AUGUCAAUAAGCCUCGAUUCACCAUCAGCCCAGCACGACUUUUCUCGAGGUCCAUACUGGUAUCAUGAAAGUCCGUUUCUCCCGAUUGGGGAAAAUGAGAGAAAUGAGUCUGGUUCUCCAUCUCUAAAAGAUACUGCCACUAGACGCCUUUUGAUGGACCAGUCCGCCUUAAAACCCGAGCUAUUUGAACAUGUGCCAUGGAAAAUUGCAAAGGAGAUUUGGGAAUUUCUUGGAAACAGGGGUAAACAAACGCUCUUGAUGUGGAAAAUCCUCACAAUGAGGUACCCGGAACAAUUUUCGCAGAUCAGCUCGUCCUAUUGUCUAAGGACUCGCUCUCCAAAAACGCCUUUGAAGGGAUACAUUGAUAUCACAAGAUGUGAUGCUUGCUACUGGCGUGCUGUCUUGUCUCUGUCUAGUGCCUAUGCUAGCGUCGCUGAUCUCGUUGAUAUUGGCAACCUCAAGAACCUGGUAGCCCUCGAGAUCAACAACCGAGUAUAUGAUCCGAGUAUGUCAGCCAGAAUGAGUACGAGAGAGGUGAUUGAAUUGGAUGAUGGAGUUGUGCGCAGUUGGGUCGAGGCUUCACAGUCCACCGGAUCGCUGCAGAACCUGCAGGUUCUGAGAAUUUAUCAGCAGAAGAGUCUUACCCAUCACAUCUUCUGGAUGCUUGAGAAAUUGCCUCGUUUGAAGCUUGUCGUCAUAUAUCAGUGUGAUAAGUUUACACAGGAGUUCAUCAAUCACAAGGCCAGAACUAAACAUGGGGUCCAGGUGGGAGGAUGGAAUGCUCAAAGGUUGGAUUGGCUUUCAGACGGGAAACAAAAUAUGGAUGCCUUGAAUUGUCUGGGACCCAUCUUACAGGUCUACGAGGAAGGAUUGAAGCUCACAGACACAAACCGAACGCUGAAGGCUCCUAUGCUAGGUUCCAACAUCCCAAUUAUGGAGUUUGGCCUCCCUGCUCUUGAUUGCAAUGAUCCGGAGAAGGAAAAAAGGCGAGCGCAAUACGCAGCAAAGUCUAUCUUCAUAUUCACUCGGGCAACUGAACACAAUGACAGAAAAAGAGCACCAGAAAAGAUCCAGCAGCCUCGAAACCUUGGCAAGCGCAUAAUGAAGGAACGAGGAGGCAGAGAUAUGGCCGAUGUGUUGGGCGACUUUUUCGGGAAGUGA